AUGGCUCUCCCCACUCGCAAAAUCGGCAACGACCUCGUCAGCGCAAUCGGAUACGGUGCAUUCGACGCUCCCGUCACCUGCGCCAUGGGCAUCGCGGCCUUCUACGGCAAACCCGAUCCCGAUGAGGUCCGCCUCAAGUUCCUAGACGAUCUAUACGCAAGCGGAUGCCACUUCUGGGACACGGCCGAUGUUUAUCAGGAUAGCGAGGAUCUCCUUGGAAAAUGGUUCCAAAAGACCGGGAAACGCAAGGACAUCUUCCUCGCCACCAAGUUUGGCAUUGUCCGCCAGUCAGGACGCUUCGUCAACGGUUCACCCGAAUAUGCCAAGCAGGCGAUCGAGAAGUCGCUCAAGAGGCUUGGUGUCGACUACGUUGAUCUCUACUAUCUCCAUCGACCUGAUCCGCAGGUUCCCAUUGAGGAAACCGUAACUGCGCUAGCCGAGCUCGUAUCUGCUGGAAAGAUCAGAUACAUCGGCCUUUCCGAGGUCUCUGCUGCAACUCUCCGUCGGGCGCAUGCGAUCCACCCGAUCGCCGCCAUCCAGGUGGAGUAUUCGCCCUUCACACUCGACAUCGAGGAUCCGAAGAUCAACCUGCUCAACACCGCCCGCGAGCUCGGCGUGACGAUUAUUGCGUACUCGCCGCUCGGUCGCGGACUGAUCACUGGCCAAUACAAAGGGCCGGAGGACUUUGACGAAGACGACUUUAGGCGCAAGGUACCGCGCUACUCGAAGGAGAACUUCCCCAACAUCCUCAAGUUGGCCGAAGGACUGAAGCAGAUCGGCGAGCGCCACGGCGCGACGGCCGGCCAAGUCGCCCUUGCCUGGCUGCUCGCGCAAGGCGACGAUGUCAUUCCCAUUCCUGGGACUCGCAAGCAGAAGUACCUGGAGGAGAAUCUUGGCGCCCUCAAGCUGAAGCUGACCCCGGAGGAGGUGGCGGAGGUACGAGAGGUCGCGAAGAAGGCUGACGCUGCCAAUGGGCCUCGGUAUCCUCCUGGCUUCGUGGAAACGCUUUUCGCGGAGACACCAGCUUGGAAGUAAGAAUGCAUGUCCAGCGGUAAUGCAAUCCGAGUGUCUUUCCUUCAGCAUGAAGAAUCCCGCUUGCACGCCCGUCUCUGUAUAAUAAAACAUUGUGUCGAAGUUUAUAUUGUUCUUCUACGAAGCAACCUGUUGAGUUAUCCCC